AUGGUGCGCAUGCGCAAUGAAGACGGGACGGCCAUUUGCACCAUAACAGGGAAAUCAACGAAAGAGAAAGGAUCACAAAAACGGUUAAAAUAUGACAGGAAGGGCAAGGGGAAGAGCUCGAGGCAGAGCUCGUGGAACUGCUGCAGAGUCAUCAAGCCGACCAGGCGAGGCUCCAAGUGAACAACCACCACCUCAACCACAAGUUGUACCACAGUCUGACAAUGGAGGUCCACCCCCAGCUAGUGGGCGUGCAUCUUACAGAGGUGGGGCUAGAGAAGCAAGACCUGGUAUGGCAGGUGGAGAAGGUAUGAAGGCACCAGCAGAUGAGAUGGCUCGAUUGGCAAUAGGUGGGGGUGAUCAGCGUGAGAGGAGAAGACCAAGGUUUGAAGAGCCACACACAAGACCAGCUCAUGUAACAGACAAACAAGGUACAUCUGGACAACAAUUUCCAGUACUGAGCAAUUAUUUUGGUCUGGAACAGACCCCGGAUUGGCAUUUGUACCAGUACAGGGUAGAUUUUGCACCAGACAUUGACAGUAAGAAGCUCCGAAUAGCUCUUCUAUGCAGUCAUGAGGAACUGCUUGGGAAAACAAAGGCAUUCGAUGGAAUGACCCUCAUUCUUCCAAAGAAAUUGCAAGACCCUGUGACAGAAGUGUACUCAGUCCGUCAAUAUGACAAUACUAAAGUCCAGGUAACAAUAAAGUUGACAAAUGAAUUGCCAGCAAGUUCUCCGCAGUGUAUUCAAGUUUACAACAUCAUCUUUAGAAGGGUGUUGUCUAUGAUAGAGAUGAAACAGAUCGGCAGAAAUUACUACAAUCCAUCUUUAGCUGUAGAAAUUCCUCAACACAAAUUGAAAGUGAUGCCUGGAUUUAUCACAUCAAUUUUACAAUACGAGAACAGUGUGCUGCUAAACUGUGAUGUUUCUCACAAGAUUAUGAGGUCAGACACAGUACUGGAUAUAAUGUACGAUAUGUACGGAAGAAGUGGUGACCGUUUCUAUGACGACUGUACAAAAAAGCUGGUUGGACAAAUUAUUUUAACCAGAUAUAACAACAAGACAUAUCGUGUAGAUGAUAUUGACUGGGAAAAGAAGCCACACAGUACCUUUAAACUAAGAGAUGGCUCAGAGAUUAGUUACAAAGACUACUACCAAAAGAGUUAUGGAAUUGAGGUUACUGAUGGUGAACAGCCUUUACUGGCAUCUAAACCUAGUGCGAAGGACAGAAGACGUGGAGUAACUGACAAUCUUUACUUCUUGCCAGAGUUAUGUACUCUAACAGGUUUGAGUGAUGAAGCAAGGGCCGACUUCACUGUGAUGAAAGAUGUUGCUGUUCACACAAGAGUUGCUCCUUCAGCUAGAGAAAAUACACUUACUGCAUUUAUUGCCCAGAUAAAUAGGAAUGAAAAAGUCAGAGCAGAAAUGGGCGGUUGGGGCUUGAGAUUUUCAGACUCGCUAGUCUCUUUGAAUGCUCGUAUCAUGCCACAAGAAAAGCUCUACCAAAAGGGUUCAGAGUUACAAUACAAGCAAGAAGAUGCAGAUUGGUCUCGCGAUAUGAGAGGAAAACAGCUUAUUACGUCAGUAAAUCUAGAGGACUGGAUUAUCAUAUUUACCAGAAGAAUCACUGGGCAGGCUCAAGACUUAGUCCAAACUUUAAGUCGUGUUGGACCUCCUAUGGGAAUGAGGAUCAAUGCACCACGGCCGAUAGAGCUGAAUGAUGAUAGAAAUGAUUCUUACCUGGGAGCAUUGCGACAAAACCUCGCGUCAUCUACACAGCUUGCCAUGUGCAUUGUCCCAACUAACAAAAAGGACAGAUAUGAUGCCAUCAAGAAGUUCACUUGUGUGGACCAUCCUGUGCCUAGCCAAGUGGUAGUGUCCAGAACCCUUUCAAAGAAGCAGAUGUUGAUGAGUGUAGCUACUAAGAUAGCUAUUCAGCUGAACUGUAAACUUGGCGGUGAAGUCUGGGCCGUAGAUAUUCCUUUGAAAAAUAUGAUGGUAGUUGGAAUAGACAGUUACCAUGAUUCUGCGAAGAAGGGGCGAUCAGUAGGCGGGGUAAUUGCAUCCCUGAACCAGGCUUUAACUAGAUACUACUCGAGGUGUACUUUCCAAACCUCUAUGCAGGAACUGAUGGAUGGUCUGAAAAUCUGCAUAAAAGGUGCCUUAGAGAAAUACCAUGAGGUGAAUGGAUGUUUACCAGAGAGGAUCAUUGUGUACAGAGAUGGUGUUGGUGAUGGACAGCUGCUGUCAGUGGCUGAACACGAGUUGCCACAAAUGCUGGAUGCUUUCAAAAAGGCUGGUGGACAGAAUUAUAGUCCAAAAGUUGGUGUGAUCAUAGUAAAGAAGAGAAUCAACUCGAGAUUCUUCGCCCGAGUAGGACGAAAUCUUUCCAAUCCUCCCCCUGGUACAGUCAUCGAUAGUGUUGUUACAAAACCAGAAUGGUACGACUUCUUCCUUGUAUCCCAGUCAGUUAGACAAGGAACUGUGACUCCAACCCACUACAACAUUAUACAUGACACAACUGGCCUCAAACCAGAUCAUAUGCAGCGCCUUACAUACAAACUCACUCAUCUGUAUUACAACUGGCCGGGAACUAUUCGUGUGCCAGCCCCAUGCCAAUAUGCUCACAAACUGGCGUUUUUAGUCGGACAGUCUAUUCAUAAGGACCCUGCAAUCGAGUUAGCAGAUCGGCUCUACUUUUUGUAAAAAAACAGGUUAUACGUUGACUGUUGAGUGAUAGAUACAGUUGCCAAAAUCAAAGUUUGUUGCCAGUUUUAUUCUCAUGUGAAUUCUAAACCAGAAUUCAAAAACAAACAACAAGGAAGCUGUUUGGAGUGCUAAACAUUCCUUUAUGGAGAUUCUCCAAGAAGAAGACGUGUGUACAUACGUUAUUUUGGUGAGGAAGUUAAAAGAAACAUGCUGUAUCAGGGCUUUUUUUUGCUAUAUAACUGUAGCCGUUUAACGGCUACUUCCCCAGCUGAAAAAAAAUUCCCCUUGAGCUAAAAAAUUCCCCUUGGUCUGAAUAAAAUCAACUAUUAUGGCUUGCUUGUUUAAAAAAUCACAUUUUUGUUCAAAUAGUUCAAUUUUUAUAGGCCUACAGUGUUUGAUAUUACCGAUUGUCCUGCAAGUAAAAAAGUCCAAUGCCGACGAUGGGCAAUCCUCUCCAUUACGCUGAUCAUAUCUCUAAACAUUCUGUCUUUGUGAAAAUUCUCCUCAAAAUAUGCAGACAUUUGUAAAAAUAUGUUAUAUUAUUUAUUCUUAUAGAUUUCAAUCAUAGUCUGGAGGAACAUGGAGUUAUAUUAAUACCAAAAAUCGGCAAAAUAUUCUAUUAUCACAUAUUUUCGCGACCUACUUCCUGUUUGAUUUUCGGCUUGAAUUUGGAGAGGAAUGUGUUAGUUUAAGUAAAUAAAUUUCAAAACAUAAAACAGUCAAUUGAUUUUUGUGCAUUAAGUGUCAAAAUGUCCUUUGAGAAUCAUCAUCUAAUUAAUUUAGCACUUAAUGCAGUUUUUACAUAGAAAAAUCAAAGCAACCAUUCUGAAA